UCGAUUGAAGUCUAAGUGCGAUUUAUGUGAAAUGAAGUUAUGAGGUCGUCACAGUACGUGCAAGAGACAGUUUUAAAUGACAAUGACUUUAACGACUAUCAGAAUGUUCCAUCUGUUAUGCUACAAAAAGAGAAAAAUCAAAAUCAGAGACCGAAGCGGAGCUCGCAGCCAGAUAAAAGGUAUCCAAACGUCAAUAAUAGUGCGGAGGUUUUAAUUAAUAACGUUUACGAUAUCUACAACCGCGAGGAUCCCAUUUCCAAUGUAAAUAAGGCCGAGCGAAACGCCAACAAAUACGAACAAGAUAUUGAGUUAAUGUGCAAGUGCCCCAUUAAAGACGUCGCGUAUCCUUCGAAAACGCGUUUCAAGCAGGAACAAGGGAGUAAUGGACAGAACGUGAUAGCAUCUUCCAGAUCAUGCUGCUCGACUCCUAAACUGGGUGAAAAUAGAACUUAUAGCCAGCUUAGUUUAGAUAGGAGACUAAUUCAAUCAAAAUAUCCGACAGCCGGAAACAAACAUUCGUAUUAUUUGUGCGACCCUAGUUCGUUUACGGGUGUGGUGAGAAACGCGUCACUGAAGAGUAUUCAAUCGCCCGAAAUUAUUAACGCUCAUCUUGGACCUCAUAAUUUCCUUUAUGACGGUUAUGGUCCGGAAAAUUGCGCGAUAAAAUCUUACGGUUAUGAUAAGGACUUAAAGAAUGAUGAUUAUGGCUUUAGAAGAGGACCAAGUCUAGGAAGAGCGACUGAGAGGUCAAACAUUGGUCGAGCGCGGCAUAAAAAACGAAUCGCAGGUGAUGGAAUGGAUUCAGAAAUGGACGAUCCUGAGCUGUCGUUUGCUCCAGCGGAUCAUCUUCGCACGUGUCGAUGUCCAUGCGAUCAUGUUUUGUACGGACCCGGCUACAGCUGCUUGCAGGUUAGUUAA